GGCCACCGGGCCAGUCCCUGUGCUGUGGGGCUAAGCGCCCAGCAGUGAGGACCGCCGUGCCAGUGAGCUGGCUCCGUGUGACCCUGAGUCACGGCCGGGCUUACUGGAGCCCGCCCCCCCUCCGCACACAACCCCUGGCCAGCCUGGGCGAGCUGGGGUGGGCGCUGCCCUCUGCCUGGCGGAAUGCCUGCCGCCGACCCCGACCCCCGGUGGCUUGCCACGGGCUUUCACUCCCACGGAGGAGCUGCCUCUCGUCCCACGGGCAAGUGUCCCUUCGUGAGAACCCUGACGGGGAGGCCUCCCCCUCCCCACCGGCUGGGUGGGGGUGGGAAGGGGCGGUGCAGCGGGCUGGGAGCCCGAUGAUUUCCUGCCUUCACCCGGUGCUCACCACAGCUUCCUGCCGAGGACGGGCGCCGAGGCGAGGCGAGGCCAGGCGGGCGUCUGGCCCAGGGCAGGUACCGCUGGGGUGCAGGGACCCGUCUCACGCUUGCAUGGCGUGGCUGGAGCCCUGGACCCCAGCCCGGGCCCUGGCCUGACCUAGGGGGCUAGGGUCCCCCAGAGCUUGCACAGAGCCCAGCCCCCACAGAGGGCUCCGCUGCCCCCUACCCCCCACCGCUGCGCCCUUCCCCGAGGACCUGGGCCAGGCUCUGCCCAGCAGAUGGAGGUGAACGUCCUUGGACACUCGGCGCUGGGCCUCCUGCUGGGGCCGCUCCUGGCUGUGCUGCUCAUGGCCCUGUGUGUGCGCUGCCGCCGGCUGUCAGAUUCCUACAACAGUGCCUCUUCCUCGGAUGGUUUGUAUCCCAGGAGCAUCUUGAUCAAACCGCCCUAUACCCCUGCCCCCUGGCCGGCUGUUACCUCCGUUCCACCCCUGAGCCAGCCAGACCUGCUCCCCAUCCCGAGAUCUCCGCAGCCCCCUGGGGAUUCCCACCGGAUGCCGUCUUCCCGGAGGGACUCUGGUGGCGCCCAGAGCGUGGCGAGCUACGAGAACGAGGGUACGUUUGGGCUGCCGGGGGCGGCGGGGUUGGGGGGCCCAGCCGGGUGGGGAGGCGGGGGCCUGUCUCGGGCUGUGCUGAGCUCUCCCCACCCCGUGUCGUUGCCCGCAGAGCUGGCCUGUGAGGACGCGGAUGAAGAUGAGGAUGAGGAGGACUCUCACAAUGAGGGCUACCUGGAGGUGCUUCCCGAUGACAGCCCGGCCACCAGCGGCCCUGGCCCCUCCGCCCCUGCGCCCGGAAACCCUGGUCUCCGAGACAGUGCCUUCUCCAUGGAGUCUGGCGAUGAUUACGUGAACGUGCCUGAGAGCGGGGGCAGUGCAGACGCGUCCCUGGAUGGGAGCCGGGAGUACGUGAACGUGUCCCAGGAGCUGCCCCUGGAGGCCAGGAUCCAACCUGCCACGCUGAGUGCCCCAGAGGCUGGGGACCAGGAGGAAGACGAGGAAGCUCCAGAUUAUGAGAAUCUACAGGGCCUUAAUUGAAGAUGGGGGACCUGCCUGCGGCCACACCCCCAGACCCAGCCUUGCCGGGACCCCUGGGCUAGGCAGCUGCCUCUGGAUCCUCCAGUGGAGGGAAGGGGGCGGGGGACCCCUUGGCACCCUGCCCGACAACAGCCUGAGAAUUCUCCCCCUAACUUAUUAUCACUUUGGGGUCCAGCCUGUGCCCCCCUCCCCCAGUUCUCUGCACCUUCUGACACAGCCUGAGAACAAAGUCCCCCGUCCCUGCCCUACCUUUUGUAAGAGAAGAAAGGUCCGUGUGUGGUUGGCUUUGGGGAGGGGGCCGCGUGUGUCCCUGUCCUCUGUGUGUGCGUCCUGGGGCUCCCCUCUGCAGGGGCUCCCUCUCCCCCUACCCCUGGGGUCCCAGCCAGGCUCCGUGAGAGGGCAGCUGGCGAUGGAGGGGUCUCACCUUCUGCGUGGGGCCUGGGACCCCAGUCGGCACUUGUGGGGCUCGAAUAAUCUCCGUCCUCAGCGGGGAGGGAGGUCCCCAUGGGGCGGGGGUGCAGCCACUGGCUGUGCUGGUGGUGGAGCAGGGCGCUACCAGCCACGCCCUGCCCUGCCGCUCCUGGCCUCAGUUUCUCCAUCCUCACUCACCGGACCUGACCUCCCAGGACUCUCCUACUCCGUAACCUGUUGUGGUCCUCAAUAAAACAGAACAGUGAAAAUG